AUCGUUUCCAAUUGCCGACGUCACAUGUUGUUUUCCCACAAUGCGUAGCGAACGAGCCACGUAAACAGCAGCUUUGAUUGCAUCUAUGGCUGACAUUUGCCCGCCUCGACGCACUUCAAACAUCUGCUUCUGAAGGAUGCUGCUUCGUCGCUCAAGGUUCUGUGGCGUGUCAAGACGUCUCUGAGAUGGCCUCGGUGCUGUUUGCCUCAGUGAUUCGGGUCGUGGACGGCCUGCCGCUGUCGGCGUCCACGGACUACGAGCAGGACAAAGACCUGCAGGAGACCAAGAGACACCUCAAAGGUCUCUCCAAGAAGCUGGGCCUGUUUCCCGACCGCUGCACCCUGAGGUGCGGCCUCUACAAUGUCAAUUUCAGCAGCGCUCUGGGCGUGGGCUACAUGAUGGUGUGCUCCUCAAGCUACCCCAACGUGCUGGCCUUCUGCUUCCUGGACGAGCUGCAGAAGGAGUUCAUCGUCACCUACGACAGCAGGCGGGUGGUCGGCGCCGUGCGGCCGUACUCCUUCAUCGAGUUCGACACCUUCAUCCAGAAGACCAAGCAGCGCUACAACAGUCCUCGCUCGCUCUCCACCAAGAUCAACCUGGCCGACAUGCAGACUGAGAUCAAACUGCGGCCGCCUUAUCCGCUGACCGCCGACGACCUGCACGCCAUCAACGGCUUGUCGCCGCGCCUGUCCUCCAAGUACAAGGGCAUCGCCCCCACUCAGACGUUGGAGCCGCUCACCUUGCCAGGUGUGGUGUCCUGUGUGCUGAGUGUCCUGUGCGGGGGUCUCAACUUGUUGCGAGGGGUCCACGCCAUCGAGAGUGUCCUGCAGAACCAGGAGGAGGACUUCAGCUACGUGAUGGCCUUCUUCCUGGGCACCGCUGCCUGUCUCUACCAGUGCUUCCUGUUUGCCUACUUCUCGCUGUGGCGCGACCUGAAGUCCUUCCUGGCGUUGGCGCUGGUGUGCGUGUGCAACAUGUACCUCUACCAGCUCAGGAACCUGUGGCAGAUCCUCUUCCACGUGGCUGUGGCCGCCGCCAUGACGCUCAGCAUCCGCCUCAGGCAGCCGCUGGGCAAGGCGCCGGACUACAACGUCUGACCAUGAACGCAACGCCCUCAGACUUUUGCAGCAGCAACACCCAGUGCCUUUAGGCUCCUCCCACUGACCCCGCCCCUCAGUUCAGGGUCUAGCACUCCUCUCACAAGCCCACAAGACCUUCAAACUUUGGUCUCCAGGCGUGAUCCACGUUUGGCUGGCUUCUUCUACUUCCUGUCGCUCCAGACCAGGACCAGGACCAGGACCAGGACCAGGACGGCCGUAGAUGUGCGCUAGCUGGCGGAGGGCCCACUGGUGAGGAAGUAAGUCAUCAUGUCUCCUUUGCCUUUGACCGUGACCACGCCUCGGUACUCCAGACGGUAGUUGUAGGACGUCAGCACCUGCUGCAGGUCUGCUGUCACCUGAGCACACCAAACAUUUAUUUUGAAAGGCCUUUCCAGAAAUCAAAACGGACGCUUUUAAGUGUGAUCGAUGCUGUAUUACUUUCCCUGAACUGCGGGGGCCUGUUUUGUCCCUUUUUCAUCAAACACUGAUCCUUCCUCAGACCUCGCCGAGGUCCGUCCAAGAAGACAAAGACCGAGGGCACGGAUUUAAAACUGCUUUGGUUUUAUUGGCUCCUCAACUUAAACAUUGAAAUGGACUCUGUAGCGCCGCCUUUAAAAUGUCAACUAAUUGUUCCACAUCACGUACAGAUCUGUAAAAGUCUCAGACAGGAAAGUCGGCCAUCUUGGUUAAAAUAAAAGCACGGGCGGGGACAGACGGGCGAUGGUCCUGUGACGUGGGCGUGGCUUGGUGCCAAACCUUGAACAUUUCUUACCUCCCUCCACAAACCCAGACCUUGGUCAGACCCGUGACACCCUGAAGGGCUGGAUUAGUACACGUUCAUGGUGGGCGGAGCCUAAAACCAUGGGAGUGGAAUUACUUUGCAUCGUAAACUGAUGCGAGGUUUUAAGAUCGUGACGAGACACCAUCAUCAUAAAGUAGAAUGUCAACUUCCCUCAUGUGCUCCUGAGAGUUUGGAUGUGUGGACCUCAAGUUGUCUUGUGAUUGAUGCUGUAUUACUGCCCUAGCCAAUGUUUCACCAAAAAUGUCGACAAAGUGUAUUUUAUUUUGCUCCUGGUUCCUCUUCCAAAAGACAACACACUUGUUCCAGCCCCUCCCACACCUGGCCCAGCCCCUCCCACACUUGUUCCAGCCCCUCCCACACCUGGCCCAGCCCCUCCCACACUUGUUCCAGCCCCGCCCAGCCCCUCCCACACCUGGCCCAGCCCCUCCCACACCUGGCCCAGCCCCUCCCACACCUGGUCCAGCCCCUCCCACACCUGGUCCAGCCCCUCCCACACUUGUUCCAACCCCUCCCACACCUGGCCCAGCCCCUCCCACACUUGUUCCAGCCCCUCCCACACCUGGCCCAGCCCCUCCCACACUUGUUCCAGCCCCUCCCACACCUGGCCCAGCCCCUCCCACACUUGUUCCAGCCCCUCCCACACCUGGUCCAGCCUCUCCCACACCUGGUCCAGCCCCUCCCACACUUGUUCCAGCCCCUCCCACACCUGGUCCAGCCCCUCCCACACCUGGUCCAAGGCUCCCUGGCAAAGUCUUUAUUGAACAGGACAAGUUCCAACAUGCUGUGGCGUCCAUUUUGGGUCAAUAAGCAUCCGUAAAAUGAGGAUUAAUAAUGUAGGACUUGAUAUGAAGUGAUAGCACAAAUACCUUAGGGUACAAUUCCUGGUACCUGGGAGUCGAUACUCAGUACUUUAGUGAGUGCCUUGCUGAAUAUUAUUUGAUGAAAAUAUUGAAUGCAACAUUUAAAAAUGAUCAUUGUCCAGUUGUAUUUUUAGCCUCAUUAUUAGAUGGCAGUGUAAACAUCUAUGCUAUGUUGUAACUUUUUACAUCAAGCUGACUCUUGUGUUGCGCCCUACAAAGUGUUUACACUGUAAGAACUGUUACUCACCAGCUGUUUGAGUAGAACAUUCAUCUUCCUUUUAAUUUCCAUGAGUACAUUUAGAGGCGGUAUUGCCAUGUAAAAUCGCUAAUGGUAAUUAGUAGCCUGUCUGUGGCAAAUCCAGUGUAAAUUAGCAUCAAGCUAGCACAUUACUUUACAUUGCUGGCUCACUCAUGCUCCGACUGGACGUGCAACAAAGUAUAGAAACAUGUUUACUUCGAUGUGAGUCGAUACCAGGUACCAGCACUUGGUCCCUACAGAGGUAGAGAACGUGGUACCAGCACUUGGUCCCUACAGAGGUAGAGAACGUGGUACAAGCACUUGGUCCCUACAGAGGUAGAGAACGUGGUACAAGCACUUGGUCCCUACAGAAGUAAAAAAGGGGUACCAGCACUUGGUCCCUACAGAGGUAGAGAAUGUGGUACCAGCACUUGGUCCCUACAGAGGUAGAGAACAUGGUACCAGCACUUGGUCCCUACAGAGGUAGAGAACAUGGUACCAGCACUUGGUCCCUACAGAGGUAGAGAACGUGGUACCAGCACUUGGUCCCUACAGAGGUAGAGAAUGUGGUACCAGCACUUGGUCCUUACAGAGGUAGAGAAUGUGGUACCAGCACUUGGUCCUUACAGAGGUAGAGAAUGUGGUACCAGCACUUGGUCCCUACAGAGGUAGAGAAUGUGGUACCAGCACUUGGUCCCUACAGAGGUAGAGAGUGUGGUACCAGCACUUGGUCCCUACAGAGGUAGAGAGUGUGGUACCAGCACUUGGUCCCUACAGAGGUAGAGAACGUGGUACCAGCACUUGGUCCCUACAGAGGUAGAGAACAUGGUACCAGCACUUGGUCCCUACAGAGGUAGAGAACAUGGUACCAGCACUUGGUCCCUACAGAGGUAGAGAACGUGGUACCAGCACUUGGUCCCUACAGAAGUAAAAAAGGGGUACCAGCACUUGGUCCCUACAGAGGUAGAGAACAUGGUACCAGCACUUGGUCCCUACAGAGGUAGAGAACGUGGUACCAGCACUUGGUCCCUACAGAAGUAAAAAAGGGGUACCAGCACUUGGUCCCUACAGAGGUAGAGAACGUGGUACCAGCACUUGGUCCCUACAGAGGUAGAGAACGUGGUACCAGCACUUGGUCCCUACAGAGGUAGAGAACGUGGUACCAGCACUUGGUCCCUACAGAGGUAGAGAACAUGGUACCAGCACUUGGUCCCUACAGAGGUAGAGAACAUGGUACCAGCACUUGGUCCCUACAGAGGUAGAGAAUGUGGUACCAGCACUUGGUCCCUACAGAGGUAGAGAAUGUGGUACCAGCACUUGGUCCCUACAGAGGUAGAGAACGUGGUACCAGCACUUGGUCCCUACAGAGGUAGAGAACGUGGUACCAGCACUUGGUCCCUACUAGUUAGUAUGGUGGUGUGUUUGAGUCCUGGUCACAAUCAAGUUUUAUAAAUGUGUGUGUUCAUGUUUAAUGUUUUGCAUUCACACAAAAAUAAAAGAUUGAACAAUUUC